GGUCAGUCCCUGGACCAGUUAAGUAAAAAAGGAGUGGAAAUAACACAAAGUAAUAAAAAAAAGUAGGCUAUAUUACUGGAUGUGUUUGCUGAGUUUUUGAAUCUCUAGGAUGUUGUUCCUGGGCUAUGUAGCUCUGCUCUUGUGUUGGAUGCAUUGUGCUGCACAAAGGGCUUGUGAAGAACCUCCUCCUAGGAGGGUAAAAGAAGUGCCUUCCAAAAGAUGGGACAACCCCCCCUAUCCACAUGGGACUCAAGCAUCAUACAAUUGUCGGCCUGGAUAUGUAAAAGUUGGACGAGUUGCGUUUCAGUGCGUCGAUGGAACGUGGAAGCAGCUGCCCCCAGGGACAGAAUGCAGAAAUAAGCCCUGUGGACAUCCUGGAGACACUGAGUUUGGUUUCUUUGAACUUACCAGUGGAAGUGAAUUUGUGUUUGGUGCCAGAGUUGAGUACAGAUGUAAUGAUGGCUACCAGAUGCUCAGCCUAAGAAAUUACCGUGAGUGUCAGGCCGAUGGAUGGAGCAAUGACGUCCCUCACUGUGAAGUGAUAAAGUGUUUACCUGUACAAGAACCUGAAAAUGGAAGGAUAAUUAUGACUGGUGCAUUUGAGCUAGGCCAAGAAUAUUCCUUUGGCCAGGCUGUAAAUUUUGAAUGUAACGAAAAACACAAGCUUAUUGGAGCUAAAGAAAUCGUUUGCUCUGCUAAUGGAAAAUGGAGUAGCGAUGUGCCUCGGUGCGAAGAAAUUAUCUGUGACGUGCCAGAAAUUCCUCACGGAUACGUCCGUUCUCCAAGGAGGAAUUACAAGGAAAAUGAUCUAAUGCAGUAUUUCUGUGAAGAAGGAUACAAGUAUGGGAACAGAGCAGAUGCACUGUGCACUGAAUCGGGAUGGAAUCCACCUCCCUAUUGCAUAGAAAUUGAAUGCUCUCCUCCAGUAAUUUCCUCUGGGAACUUUAUACCUCAAAAAGACAGGUACAAACUACAUGAUACAAUCACAGUAGAGUGUGAUGCUGGAUAUCAUUUUAAAGUGACGACUGGCAGAACCAUAGCUGAAUGCACCAAGAAUGGCUGGGUGCCUGAUCCAGCUUGUGUCCGGAAACCGUGUGACUACCCACUUAUAGAAAAUGGCAGGUUAAGUAAUUCAUAUGAGUACGGCAGAUACUAUUACUUUCCAAAAAGAUUUGGACAGUCUGUAGAUUACUACUGCCUCGACGACUAUUCAACCCCCACUGGAGAAUUCUGGGUCCGAAUUUACUGUUCUGAAAGGGGCUGGUCUCCUGAGCCAAAAUGCCUGAAAAAAUGUUCCAUCAGAGGGCUGGAAAAUGGUUAUUUCCCACGCCGCAACUGGUACGAAUUUUACAAGGAAGGUGAAAGAGUCAGUUAUGGUUGCUACAAUGACUACCAAGCUGAGCAUGAAAAAGUCACGUGCACAAGGAAUGGCUGGGAACCCGCUCCGAGAUGUAUCCGUAAAAAAAAAUGCCAGACUAUCAUUUUUGAGAAUGGCUUUUGGAACUCAGGCAGGACAACAUUCCAUUUGAAAGAGAAGGUCUCAUAUAGGUGUCAUGCUGGCUUUGUGACUCCAGAAGGACAAGAUACAGGACGCGCACAGUGCCAAGAGAGUGGCUGGACUCCACCUCCGAAGUGCAUCAAAUCAUGUAAAGCACAAGAGGGCAUUUUGAUUCAUCACACAAAUAAAACUGUGUUCAUGCCUGAAGAUACAAUUGAGUAUUCAUGUUUGGAGGGAUAUAAAACUACAAAUAACAUGCCAACUGAUACCACAAUGUGUGACAAAAAUGGAGAAUGGAGUCCAGCACCCGAGUGUCGUGAAAUAGAAUGUGCACUGCCAUCACAGCGCCAUAGAGAUUUCUCUCCCAAGGAAGAUAAAUACCGCAGUGGAGCUGUUGUGAAAUUUACCUGUGCAAAAGAGUACAUCAGGGUGGGACCUGCCUCUACUCAAUGCUACCACUUUGGGUGGUUUCCACCACCACCACUGUGUAAAGGGAAUGUCAGAGGCUGUGGACCUCCCCCUGAAAUUACCAAUGGAAGUAUUGUUGAUGGGUCUGUGGAACAGUAUCAGCAUGGGGACAGAAAGCAAUAUGAAUGUAAUGGCGAAUUUAAGUUGGUUGGAUCAAAGGAAAUAGAAUGUGUUGAUGGACAGUGGUCACCUUCUCCCUCUUGCAUUGAAGACAAAAUGCCGUGUGAAUCGCCUUCUUCUAUCCCGAAUGUUGUUCUACAUCAGGCAGACCAGACCCAGUAUUCACACGGGGAUGAAGUAACUUGUGGAUGCAAACCAGGCUCUGACAAUACUGAGGAAAUGAAAAUAAAAUGUCUUAAUGGAGAAUGGAAGCCUUUACCUAUUUGUGCUGAUGCAUCCCCUCAGUGUGUAAUUCCAGAGGACAUUGAGCUGGUGCACUCUGGCCAGUAUCCCAUGUCAAGAAGGAAAACUGGGUUCCAUAAAGUUAUACGUUAUACAUGUACAUUAACUGAUGAAAAUAUUAAACAGGCAACUUGUGUGUCUGGCAGAUGGACUCCAGAGAUUGCAUGUACAGCUGAGGAGAGUGUGUGCCCACCUCCACCUCAGGUGCCUGGUGCUCAGCAGACAAUAGUAGGAAGAAACUACAGGAAUGGGAGUAAAGCAGCUUUUUCGUGUGUCGAUGGUUUCCAGCUCGUUGGUACAAGGGAGAUAACCUGUACAGACGGGAAAUGGCAAUCACCACCUCACUGUGUGGAAAGACCAUGUUUGCCACCACAAGCUGUAGAAUGUGCUGAUGCUCCCAGGCUGGAAAAUCCAAACUUAAAAAUUGAAAGAGAAGGGAAAACAUUUUAUUUGCCUGGUGCUAGAUUUAAGUAUAUUUCUCGUUCUGGGUACAUGUUAGAUGGACCAACAGAGAUAAAUUGUUCUAUGGGAAAAUGGACUGCAGCUCCUUCAUGCUUGGAAAUGCCAUGUGGAAGUGUUCCAAAAGUUGCCAAUGCUCAGUUUGAAGGCAGAAACAAGAAAUUUUAUGAGCCUGGUGAAACAAUUCGCUACGAGUGUGGUUCAGGGUUCCUGAUUGUUGGUUCCCCUGAAAUUAUCUGCAGAAAAGGAAACUGGACAGCACCACCUUUCUGUGAAGAUGCCAGCUGUGGAGCCGCGCCUGAAAUCCCCAAUGCGCGCAUUAUAGGCGCUCCGAGGCAGAGGUAUCUGCCCGAGGCCAAAGUGCACUACCAGUGUGAAAGCAAUUUUCAGAUGACGGGUGAAAAUUAUGUUACUUGUUCAAAUGGUCAAUGGUCACAAGCACCAGUUUGCAGAGAUGUGAGAUGUGAACCUCCUCCAGAAAUUGCUGGUGGUAGAAUUGAUGGUAUUAAAAAGCCCAGGUAUAUCCCUGGGGAGAGUGCAAAGUAUCAGUGCUGGCAAAAUUUUAAGAUGACUGGGGCUUCCACUGUAGUGUGCCAGAAUGGGACCUGGACAGAGCUGCCAACUUGCAAAGGACAACGUGGGAAAUGUGGCACACCUCCAACUAUUCAAAGUGGAGAGCUUCUUGUCUUCCCCUUGCAAGAAUAUCAACAAGGUGAUACUCUGGAAUACAAAUGCCCAGAUUUCUAUGUCUUGGAAGGAUCUGCAACAAUCACCUGUCGUAAUGGGCAGUGGACAAGCCCCCCAGUUUGCCUAGUGGCUUGUACAGCAUCAGAAGAAGAUAUGGACAUAAACAAUAUUGAGCUGAAAUGGGUUGCAAAAACCAAGCUGUAUUCCACAUCAGGGGACUAUAUUGAAUUCCAGUGUAAACCAGGAUAUCUGAAACAGCGAAAUAGUCCCAGCCUCAGAGUACAGUGUGUGGAGGGGACAUUGAACUACCCACGCUGCAUACUGGGAAAGAGCUGUACCCUGGAUAGGAACGCUAUGGCAACGAACAAUAUUCAGUUGCAGUCAUCCAGCCAGUCAAGCAUUCACUAUCGCUCAGGGGAUCCCGUUGUCUUUGAGUGCAAGCCUGGCUACCAGCAGGCUUCCCAGGUGGAGAAAUUCAGAGCGCAGUGCCUGAACGGAGUGAUUAGGUAUCCUGAGUGUGCAAAAUCAAGGUAUGGGUAAAUGGAAAUGGCAUGAGGGAGCCCAGGCUGAGGAAAUGAAAGAGCCCUCAACCAACCAAGUGCUUUGAGCUCAACUUUUCCUGGUGUUUCCCAGUUUGCUGUGCUUUGUUUGCAGCUUAGCCAAUGUUCUCUCUUGGAAUUUGGUAUUGUUUUUAUUAUUGGAUGAUUGUAUUUGCGUAUUAUCCACAUUAGAUCUAGUUUUAUAAAUGUAUUUACAUUUUAUCCAGCCAAAGGGUAGUGCGUGCAUUUUAUCCAUUUUAUACUGAUCUCACUGUUAUUUUAUUAACAAUUGUGGCCAGAAAACAGGCUGGCUUUGGUGGCAUACUGAGACAAGAAUUAAAGCUCACAGCUAAUUUGAUUAUCAGC